AUGCCUCCAGAUCCAAAGGAUGCACCGUUUCCCACCAAGCAGCUCAUCAUCAUCGGAAUAUGUCGAUUCUCCGAGCCUCUCGCUUUCAACUCCAUCCUCGCCUACUCUCCCAAGAUGGUUGAGGAUCUCGGCAUGUCGCACCGCGACGCUUCCUUUUACGCCGGCCUGCUCGUUUCGGCCUACGCCAUCGCCGAAGCAAUGACUGCCCCGUUAUGGGGUAUGGUUUCUGACCACUAUGGUCGAAAGCCCAUUGCUCUCUCUGGCCUCUUGGGCGUUGCCCUCUCAAGUUUGGUCUUUGGCCUUGCCCCCACUUACUGGGUCGCUUUGCUUGCCCGCUUCGUCGGCGGCGCACUGAACGGCAAUGUCGCAAUCAUGCAGACCAUGGUGGCGGAAAUGGUCAAGAACCCAGCCCAUGAGCCACGCGCAUACGCGACCCAACCCUUUGUCUGGACUCUGGGCGGCAUCAUUGGCUCGGCAAUGGGUGGUUUCCUCGCCCAGCCUGCACGACUGUACCCAAACACUUUCGACAAGGACGGCCUCUUUGGACGCUAUCCCUACUUCCUGCCUAACCUCGUUGCCGCCGUUGGAAUCCUGCUAGCCAUUCUCCAGGGCAUGCUUUUCCUAGAGGAAACCCUUGUUCGCGAGGAGAAGCCAGAGGGAGAAAACGGAAUUGCCGACCACCACGACGACCACGUGGACCAUAUGGCCACCAUCAACGAAACUCCUGCCAACGAGAGGAGCCGUCUUCUGCCACCGCCUCCAAACCACCAACAUCUUGGCCGCGACCCUCGCGGCUCAACCGCUGGAUCUACGCGUCACCGUGGUUCCAUCGCCAGCUUUACCCGCGAUCGUUUAGCUUCAAUCUCCGUUUCAGGCAGCAUUCGUCAUAUCCGCAAGCGAGCCUCGUUCAUGGAGGAAGGUAUGCCCAUGCCCUUUGACCAGCGUUUCGACAUCCGCCGUUCAUCCUUUGGAACCAUGCAUUCGAUCAAGAUCCAACAAGAUGUGCUACCUAUUCGCGGCGGUCCACCCCCAAAGCCUCGUCGGACUUUUAACCGAACCGUCGUCAUGGUCAUCCUCGCAAUGUCCAUUCUCGCCUUCCACCAAAUGGCCUUCUUCUCAAUCCUUCCCGUCUGGGUCCUAGACGACCACACCCACAGAGGCCUCGACUUCCAUGGCGGUCUCGGCCAAGACAUUCCUGAUGUAGGCACCUUUCUGACUGUUAACGGUUUCAUCACGCUCUUUGUCCAAGGCUUCAUUUUCCCCAUCUUUGUAGAGUGGGCUGGAGUCUGGAAUUCCUUCAUCUGGAUGAUCGUCCUAUACCCCAUUACGUACCUAUUCGUCCCAUUUAUCACUGCCUUUCCGCCAAUAUUCGAGACUACCGGUGUCUACUUUGUUCUCUUCCUCCAGGCCUUUUUCGGAAUUGUGGUAUUCCCAUGCGCUCUGAUUCUGAUGAAGAACGCCAUCCCAUCACCGCUCGUCCUUGGUCGCGUCAACGGCCUCGCCAUGUCUGCAUGCUGUCUGGCAAGAACUAUUUCUUGCCCAUUGAUUGGACUCAUAUACUCUCUUGGAGGCUCGGCAGCAGCUUGGUUCAGUCUUGCUGCUAUAGCCAUCAUUGGCGCGAUCCAGCUGCUUUGGGUCCCCAAGGAAGACAUUGGUUCCGUUACCAUUGACAACGGCCUCAAGAAGGUUCUUCAUGACGAUGCUGACGAGGAUGCGGUCGAUGAUAUUUCCAUCAUUGAGUCUGUACGAUAA